AGCGAAUCGGUGCACAACCUUAAAAGCAAUUUUGUUUGUUAGUCUCAUUCACUCUAAAUCGUUUCGUUGUUAUCUUUCGAGAUGAAGUCGUUGGUUUUUCUUUUCAUCGUAACGGUGUUAGACUGGGCGAUCGGAGCCGGGGCUGGAGCCGGGCGUGACCCUCCGUACAAAGGCGAUGUUACAUUGUUUAUGAGAUCCCACGACAAGGUCUACACUUUUAAAGUCCGUGGAAGAACGUUAUUAUCGAGGCGUCACGUCAUCAACCUCAGAGAAAAAUUUGAAAAGGAAAGAAGAAAAGGAAAAAAGAACGGUAACAAAUUCACAGAGAUUUUGAGGUCUGAAAACACCACAGCCAUCAACGAAAUAAUUCACCAGCGUUUUGAGCGGCAGUUUGAUGUAAUUUAUCCAGGAACAAAAUGGUGCGGGAAGGGUAAUGAUGCGACGCACUACGAAGACUUGGGGACCGAGGUAGAAGUGGACAUGUGCUGUCGAGAUCACGACAGUUGCGAUAUGUCGAUCGAGGCUGGGAAAAGUAACUACGGACUGACAAACGAUGGUUAUUUCACUGUGGUAUCUUGUGAAUGUGACAAAGCAUUUUAUGAUUGUUUGUCAAACUCCGACUCAUUUGAUGCAGAUGUCAUUGGGUUCAUCUACUUCGAUGUUCUCAGCCCUGAUUGCAUAAGGAAGAAAAGAGUAUGCACGGAAUACUCAUUCUGGGGAACUGUUUGCACAAAGUGGGAAGAAACCGAUGAAUAUGAACUCGCCUCAAAUGAAUUAGAUUACAUAUGGUAAUACUGUAGUAUUCUGUUUGUGAUCAAAUACUUUUAAUUUUUAGAUUGUAGUUCAAUUCGUCUAAUUUUUAAAUUGUAGUUCAAUUCGCUGUUAUAUUUUAUACUUUUCAUCUGUGAUAAUUUAUUACAAUUCUUUUAUAAUUUUUUUUAUCUCGGAAUUUCCAGCUUUUAUUCAAUUAUCAAUGUUAUGUCUUUUAUAAUUAUAUCAUAUAUUUUCAUUAAAAAAGAAUGAACAUUUGUA